AUGAACAACCCAUACUACGCGGACGACAGCCACAAGGCCAUCAUCGGCCUUCGUAUUCUGAGCAUUAUCACCACUCUCCCCGUAUUCCCUGCGGUGGCAUGGACUAUCCCCGCUCACGCCAAGGUCGUCAACGACGGUGUCGACUGGGGCAUCAACCCCGGCGUUCUCGCAGCGAGCGCCUUUACAUUCCUCUGGACUACGACUGUCCUUGUCCUCCGCCUCGCCUUGAAGAAACCCAUCCACCCAGGCGUCUACGUCAGCUUUGAUCUCCUCUGCUUCCUCUCCCUAGCCGCCGUGUCGAUUGCAACGGCCGUCCUGAUCGAACCUUUCUUUGGUACGGAUUAUACGUGUCUUCGAGGUAGUGAGUGUGGUGGGUUUGUCCUGGCCGGCGUGGAGUGGUAUGCGGUCAUUAUGUCGUUGAUUUGCUGUGUGACAGAGUUUAUCUUGCUCGUCUGGGCCUGCCGGGCGACGGACAAAUACCGCAAAAGCAGGAAGCACGCCGCGCGCAAGGAAAACGCGGUCGCUGCGUAAAUGAUUUAUGAUGUGUCGACGACUUAGAGACUUAUAUGUUUCAUGUGAGCACGGGACUGAUGAUUAUAAUAAUGGGACAGACUCGGAGGAGAAUACCUCGGUAUACCGUGAUAUGGUCCGGACAUGGCUAUGGACAUGGCUAUGGACACGGACACGGAUACGGACACGGGGUGGAACGGACUUGGAGGAAUAUAUUCCUCGGUUGAUAAUACCUAAUGUUUAAUAUUU